AUGCCCCCAAAGCGAGCUUGCGACGUUUGUUUCAAGCGAAAGAUCCAAUGUAUCAAACCGGAUCCCGAACAACCGUGUGAAUGGUGUGCGCAUCAUGACCUUGAGUGUGCUGUGAAGAGGGAGUCCCAGAGGAAGUCUGAUGUGAGCGCGGCACUCUCGAGCCACGUUCAGACACUGGAGCGUCGUGUUUCGGAGCUUGAAGCCGCUCUUGUGCAGAUGCGCUCUGAGAUUAGAUCUUCAGCCGUCUCUGCAUCGACCCCAACUGUUAAUUUGACAUCUCCAUACUCAACCUUGGGAGCACAUUCUGAUGCUAGUUCGUUUUGUAUCACUCCAUACCCACAGCAGGAUAGUGCAGGCUCUGGGAAUACUGCUAAGACAACGUCCACUGCCAUCUGGACAUGCCUCGGGCAACAUUGGUACUUCAAAGGCAUACCUAUCAACUCCACCAGAGGCCGUGAGUGGAUGUCUUCCAAAACAGGCGAAAAUAUCUUCCUAGAUGGCUUCCGCCUCUUUGGUUCACAAGCAGGCAAUCCCAGCACUUCUCCGGCGCUUUUCAGCUUCCCGGACAGACACACGGUGGAGGAGUCUCUAAAGUCAUACUUCGGCUCGCCAUGGCGAAUUGUAUACCCGGUCAUCCACCCGGUGCUGAUUGAAGAUAUUCUGGCAGUAGCGUAUGAUGAUUCUCAAGGUCCUUCUCAAGGAAAGGCUUCAUCACAAGCGUGUAUUCUAGCGUUCAUGGCCAUGACUUCACGACUGAGGGGUGCGCAUGUCCAGCCUCUUGACGGUGAUGUCUAUGUGCGCUCAUCGCAAUGCCAUUUAUCCCAAGUCAUCAGUCAGAGUACGAUGGAAACUCUACAAACAGUUCUUAUGCUGCAAAUCAGCCACCUACUAUCAGGUCAGUGGGAGGCUGCAGCCACCCUCCAUCCCCAUGCUUGCCGUAUUUUAUACGAUCUCAAAGGCCAUAUUUCACAUCCCCUUGCAACAAGCGGAUUGGAUAGCGCCGUUGAUCAAAGCCGGCGCAAGCAUAUCCGGAACCUCUUCUGGCUAUGCUACAUCUUCGAUAAGGACAUAGCCAUGCGAUCUGGUAGACCUCCUUGUAUCACCAGAGGCUAUUGUGACUUGACACUGCCGGAUGAUUGGGCUAGGAUAUAUGACGGGCCAGCCACUGGACCCGGUACUCCUCACGGUGGGAUCUUUUCCAAGGGCAAUACUGUCUGUUUUCCCCAAGACCUGGACCUCUCCCAACUCAAAGAAAAGCUAUGUCUGUUUCUCUGCUCUCUAGACAACUCGAGCCUAUCAGAUGGCACGAUUCUCUGUCACGUUCGCCAACUAGACGUUGAUCUUGAGUCAUGGCGCUCGAACAUCCCUGUGGAUUACAGGCCAAAGCUAUCCGUCCUUCCGGACCAACCGCUGUUCAAUCCGCAACUGUCGUUCCCACAAAGGACAAGAUGUAUUCACCUCCAGCUCGAGUACAAUUACAUAACCACAGUGAUUCACACGGCUGUUCGAAGAUGCGGCGCAGUAUAUGCUGUCCAUGACAAUCUCCCCGACGAUCUACACAGCGUCUAUCAUUCAAGCAGUGACAUCUCUCUAGAAGCGAGUCGCACUACCCUCCAGAUCUUCAAGUCUCAUACAGAUAUCCUCCAGGAGAAUGUGUUUGGUCACAUUGCAUUCUACCCUCCCAUAGCGGCCAUGGCGCUGUUCAUGAACAUUCUGAUCCAUCCUUUAGAUCAGCGGGCUAGAAGCGACCUUGAUAUCUUGGCGGGGUGUACAACGGUAUUCCAGGAUAUGGCGAUGGAAGAGUUGACGAAUGAUGACAUGGACGGCAUUCACGAGCUCAAUAGAUUCGUAUCGGAAUUGGUCCGGCUUGGUAGCAGUGCGAUAUGGAAGGCAAAGAGAUAAUGAAAGAGCACAACCGGGAUAUCAUCCUGACCCGGAAUGAGAACCUUCAUAUAAACUUCCCAACCAUCUUGUUUCGUGACCGGACCGUGUACCUGAUGACGACGAUACCUCGUGUG